AAAUGGCCAGACAUGUUUGCAUAAAUGUAGGUUAUUAAAAAAAAGUUUAAACUUUCAAUUCGGCAGUGUUUGAUAAACGUGUGCAAAUUGUGGGCACGCGCUGGCGCUGCGGCAUCAUGCGUCCGUUGACGGGUCAUUUUUGUAUUAAAGGUUAUGACCGGAAGUUAGGUUGAUGUUUAAAGAAAAGGGCUUUUAUUGUGAAAAACGUAGCGGACUUUUAUUUAUCUCACGCUCGCUAGCUUGACCCGGUCAUUGCUUCAGUGUUAAGCAACAGACAAUAUUCUUAAUGCCUAAUUGAUAUCAAUGCAUCGGGGAAUCCACGCUGAAGCAGGUUUCGCCAAUUUGGUUGACACCCUGAAGAAAAAUGUUGUUAUCGUUUUAUUUGUAGACGAUCAGGUUGCGCCUGCGCGGUGGUGGUACGUGGCUUUUUUUUCUAGGCCAGUUUGAGGUAUGUUGCUUUGCUGCUUGAAAAUCAGCAGCUGCUGCAAAGAGCAGAGUCGCAGGCAAAGUGCAAUAUCAGAGCGAUUCACGGGGAUAAGACAACACGACAGUCCAAGGGCCGUGUACCGUAGCGGGGCUCAGAUCUGGUAAAAUGCGGUCAUUUCCUCCUGUUCUGUAAACGAGACGGGUCGUUUUAUGUGGAAGACGCUCUCCGGUGUGUUUUGGAUGAUCUCCCACAGCCAGGUCCACGUAUUGAGAUGAUCUAUUUUUGUGAUGGCGAAGAGUCUGUUUCAACGGGCCUGGGUGAAAAAGUCGUUCUACUUCCAGGUAAUAUCCCUGUCCAAGAAUUGUUCUGUUACUCGGAUUGUCGUCGUAUACUGCGGGAUGUGUUUAAAUGGACUGAGAGCCUGCGUGUCGUGGUGGUCGGGGGUGACACACCAGACUGACAGCUGUCAGCUCUUGUGCCGUUUCCAUAUACCUGAGGAAUGUGGCCGCUGAUGAACAGAUUAAUAUGUUCUUCUUUUCGCUCAUCCAGAACAGAGAGUGUGGAUAACAUGUGAGAUGAAAUUGGUAUGCCAGGACUUUUUUUGUUUUUACCCAGGCCAGGGAGGGAUCUCUGUUUUGGAUUUGAUCUCACUUAAUUUUAAGUUUUCCUCUCCUUACAUUUGACUAGAAAGAUGCCUGGACUUGCACUCAGUGCUCACUGUUGUUUCCUCGCCUCCAAUAGUGCCAACGCUGCAGAACCCUUUUGGUUGGAUAAUGAGGUUGAACCUUCUCAUUUGGGUACCAGUGGCUUGCUGCCAGUAACUACUCCCAGCAUGAAGGAGCUUACGAAAGAGGAGGAGAAUACAGGGCUGCAUUUGCUCUCGGAAAGGGUAAACCUAUUGUUGCAACAUUACAUAAAGUACAGUAAGCUUAUCACAACUUUGGACGUGGACUACAGUCCGGGGACUACAGUAGAGUUCAGGAGGUUAACAUUUAAUCUGGCUUUAGACAACACUAGUCAGUGUUUCCUGCAGACCCUGUGGGCGGUUUAAUCCAACCAGAUCAGUCCCAAUUAGGCUACAUUUGAUCCUGUACUUAUUUAACCAGUUCCUAUGUCAAACACUCUGUGCGGAAGUGGUUUAUUUUAGUCACAAGGGGAUCUCUAUACAUGCAUGCAAAGUAUACCUACAUUUUUGCCACACUGGUCCUGUGUUUGUUUAUUGUGUUGUGUCAUUUGUUUGUAAUUGUGUAUUUGCUUCUGUCCCUGUUUUGGUGCACAGUUUGUUUGUUCAAAGAGAGAGACGGUUUUGGUUCAGUACGUUGGUAUGAUAUUUUAGCAAAUUUGUGCAUUCUGUCGCCUCCUUUUAAAAAUGCACUAAUUGGCCUUUUAUAUUUACAUAUUUAAAAAUGUGAUGGCAGAGGCAGGUUAUCCAGGUCUGUUACAGGACACGGAGUCCGGUUUGUAUCGAGGCUCCAAGAACCAUUUCCCCCAACAAAAUGGCUUUUGAAUUCCAAAGCUCUGUCCAAGUACCAAGCUCAAAAAGCCACACAAGAGCCACUUUUGGAUUAUUUGAAUUUCUGUCUUUCCUGUUGGCUGUCUUUGAUGCCAAUAUUACAGAUCUUCAAGUGUUGUGACCGUUGCCCUGUUUUUGGGUCUUCUUCUAUAAAGAUAUUUUUUGCAUUCUGGGAUGCCAUCAACCCUCUUCUAAGCAGUGGUCGGCUGGGGUGGCGACACCUCGACUGCAGACAGGAGAAGCUCGGUCCUGAGAAUGUCUGUGGACUCCAUAGAGGACGUAGAAUAGAGAAGGAUGAUGGCAAACGACGACCCCUCAUGGGCCCAAUCCCUACAUGGGACCCCGAGGACAGCUCCAUCCACAGUAUAUGAAGAUGUGAUACUGCAGGUCUUAUGUCCCUGUUGUAGUGACCAGACUGUAAGCAGUCAAUACUUCAUGAGGGUUCACGCGCGGUAACUGAAUCUAACUGUUGACAGCUGGUUACCGGCAUUUUUCCGACAGGCUUUGUACUACGUGGACUUAACUCAACCGCAACAGGCUUCCUGGCUGCACUACUCAUGGCCAGCUCUGAUUAUCAUCAGUAUUAACAUCAGUAUUAUCAUAUCUUGCAUCUGCUGCCACCUUAAUUAACUAUGUUAGAUUAAAAAGAUUUUUUCAUUUUCAUUUUGGAGGAAUCUAUUUUUAUAUUGUACUUUAUUCCACUCUUCAAGUGUAAUAUUUGUGUCCCUUUUGUUAUUUAGUUAAGUGUUCUUACUCAGUGCAAACUCAUUUGACAUGCGCAGUGUUACAAUACACUUAGCAUGCAUUUACUACAGUGCAUAUAUAUAUAAAUAUAUACUGUAUAUGUAUAUGGUACUGCUUUGUACAACACAUAGUAUUCAACUGCUUUUUUUUUACAUUUCAGUCCCGUGUGGGAUCAAUUAAGUUUAUCUAAUGUUAUCUUAGUGAAGACAAACACCACAUAUUAGGUACCAAGGAAAAGGAGACAGCAUAAGGGCCGCAGGGAGUAAGUAAGUGAAGGAUAACUCGGAGGCUUCAUCAUGUGUUUGCUGAGACGUGCUGAGACGCAGCGCCACACAGACAACGUGCACACUUGGCUUUUGUCUGUGUGUUUCAUGGGCCAAAACAUUCUCUACGUACUCGCUCAUACAGGCAUAGCAAAGGAGCCAGUUCAGAUAGAGGUGUGUAGUUGAUGUGUACUCUCCUGAUAACUCCAGUUCCCUCCCCGGAGGCCGGUUAUCUGUUUGUAUCUCCUCGGGACACACAGUGUUUUAAAAAAACACAACUCAGCUGGGCAGAGGAGACGACAGCUCGAAUACGAAGCUGCUGUUAAAGCUCUAACAGCCGCCUGCUGCCAUUGGACAAUUUGGUGAAAUGCGCCAAAGGGAAUGCAAGGCUCGGAUCUCCUUUGUAAGGGUGAAGUACCUGUUCCUGACAUGGCUGACUGUGCUGGUGGGGAGCUGGGUGCUCUAUGUGCAAUACUCCACCUACACAGAACUGUGCAGAGGACAUGAGUGCAAGAACGCCAUUUGUGAUAAAUACAGGAAGGGAAUCAUCGAUGGUUCGGCCUGCAGCAGCCUGUGUGACAAAGACACGCUCUACAUGAGCAGGUGUCUGUCAACGCUGCCAAAUAACCAAGUGUACACAGGAAGCUGGGGAGACCGCGAUGGGAUCAUCCGCUGUAAGUUGGGGGAGGUCGUGCACUACGAGCUGGGUGAGGAGCCGGAGCCCCGUAGAGAAGCCCCCGUAUUCGACAAGCCCACCAGAGGCACAUCGGUGGAGAAGUUCAGAGAGAUGGUGUUCAAUCACCUCAAGUCCAAGCUUGGAGAGCAGGCUAAUCUCGCCGGCCUCGUCAGCCAGAUCCUCUCUGUCGCCGAUGGCAACAAAGAUGGACGGGUGUCACUGCCAGAAGCCCGUUCUACAUGGGCCCUACUGCAGAUGGAUGAGGUGCUGCUGGGCCUGCUGCUCCAGGACCGUGGACACACCCCUCGUCUGCUCGGCUACUGCGGAGACCUGUACAUGACGGAGCGAGUCCCUUACGGACCCCUGUAUGGGUUGUCUCUCCCCUGGCCGCUGGUAUCCUGGGUGCCCAGCAGCGUGCAGCGCACUAUGGACCAGUGGUUCACCCCCUCGUGGCCUCGCAAAGCAAAGAUCUCCAUGGGCCUCCUGGAGCUGGUGGAGGACAUCUUCCACGGUACCUACGGCAGCUUUCUGAUCUGCGACCUCGCCGCGGCGCACUUUGGUUACACCGACCGCCAUGAGCUCCGCCUGACUAACACCCAGACGGUGGUUCCCGAGGACGAGUUCAGACGCACCAUGCGGGUGCUCAAGUGUGAGACUGACGCCGACUGCGUGUACGGGGCCGACUGCCAGACGUCAUGUGACGUGUCAGAAAAACGGUGCAGGGAGGAGCCAGUCCAGCCCAACUUGGCAAAGGCAUGCAGUGCACUGAAGGACUACCUCCUGCGCGGGGCGCCGUCAGGGAUGAGAGAGGAGCUCGAGAGGCAGUUGUACGCCUGCAUGGCUCUGAAGGGAAAUGCUGGACAGAUGAACAUGGAACACUCGCUUAUUCUCAACAACUUGAAAGCUCUGCUGUGGAGACAGAUCUCACACACCAAAGACUCGUGACGAGGAGAGGAAGUCGUUCUGAAAUGUCAGUUCCACACAUGGAGCUGAGGAUUAAAGAUGCUGCGAUUUAGGAAUUGCACAUUUAAUGAAGUAGUUUUUAUCAGCUCUUAACACUUAUGAAUGAUGAAACUGAUGCAGACUCUACAUCCUGUUUCAGAGGUUAAAUAAACUGAAUGAUAGCAUGUCAUCAGCCACAUUACAUUGUAUUAGUCAAACCAGUGGCAUGUUUCGAGGGCGCAGCUGAUAGACUCGUGAACAGAGUUACUGUUACUCAAGAGCCGAGAGACCACAUUGCUGUUUAUACCACAAUCAUUCAGAUAUAUUUGAGAUUGAAAAAUUAGUUGUACAAAGCUCCAGCUGAAAGUGUAAUGCACUAUAGAUGGGCUCCUUGAUUUUAUUGUUACGGUUGCUCCUGAGCAACAUUGCAUAAGGGAGUGUACCUUUUUAAAUGAUUCAGCAGUUAUUCUGUAUUUUGGUUUCCAGGAAAUUCAGUCAUAAGACCAAAACUAGCACUGCCUACUGAGGGUAUGUAUACAUCUUACGGUCACAGAAUUAGACCUUUUAUUAUUUUUAAGUGAAGAAACAUACCUGGGCACUAUUUCUUUUUUUUAGCUAUGGUUAAUCAAACUGGAGAAUAGUGCAAAUGAUUUCUGCAGCGAAUGAAUACACAUUUAGUGCACCGUUUACAGCAGCAGGACACUGUUUGUGGUAUCGAUUCAAUAAACUACAGUGCCCAUGUUUAUCAUAAUGAAGGAAUAUGUCACGCAUUGCAACGUGACAAAUCUAUUUUUGGCUUUGGCUACACAGGCUGUACAAAAGAAAUUGUUGGUUUGUCUUUAAUAAGAAAUGUCAAUGCCUCUGUACAAGGAGGCAGUUCACUAGCUUCAAGUGGACAUGAUGGUAUUAGUCAGCGUUCUACAAGGAUCUUCCUGUGGGUCUGUACAUUUUCCACCUGUAACACUAGUGACAUUGUCAAUGCUGCAUCAACGACACAAGGAAUAUUAAUGUAUUUGAUUUAUGAAUGUUCUCUUGUAUUUCUCACAAUUUCACAGCAUUUAUGGUCAUGUGCUGUAUCACAUGUUUUCAUUUUGUCUCAGUGCCAUAAAGAUCCAGCUGUAAUCACUUAUGAAUGUUAACCAAUGUGGAAGUUGGAGAUUUUGAUCCACUCUUGUGGUCACACUUGAAUGCCGAGUAUUUUCCAUGAUCCAUUCCAGACAUUGCUGUUGUGAAGUUGCUGUAACAGAGUUGACAACCUGACUUGAUUUAACACGUUAAAUGAAUUUCAGAGUACUCGACCAGCACGGCGAGCUUGUGAACAAUGCUGCUUUUUUUCCUUCCCCACUUUGAGAAUGUAAAAAAAAAAAAAGUUUACCUAUUAAAAGAGACCCGCAUGAUUUUGCACAAAUAAACUUCACACCACUUCACUGUAA